AUGCCCAAAUCGAAGUUAGAGAAGUUGAAACAGGAGAGGAGGCAGAUUCGCCGUUCGUUCACGAAGAUACACAGCGAAGCUUCGACGCUUUUCAGCGUACCGCGUUUACAAGAGGAAGAAAUUCGUUCUUUAAAAUCAUCAUUUAAAGCGUUAAAGGCAAAACAGUUGGAAAGUAUCGCAAUUGAAAAGGAGCUACGAAGCAUUUUGUUCGAGGAAUUAGAAGAUGAAGCCGAACUCGACGACUUUUGCGAUGAAGCUGAGGUAUUUGCCAUGGAAAUAGAAGGUAAAAUCGAUAAAAUUGAAUUUCUUCUAACGAAAUUUGAUAAGCUAUCCACAACCAAUUCACAGCCACAUCAUUCACAGUCAUUUUCUCGAUCAAAAUUGCCCGAUCUUAACCUUCCGACCUUUGAUGGGAAUAUUACCGAAUGGUUUGGCUUUUGGGAACGUUUCCAGUCGCAAGUUGGGAACUCUCCAGACCUGCCUAACACUGCAAAGUUCACGUAUUUAGUGGGCCAACUAAGGGGAGAAGCUUUAGAUACUGUUAAAGGGAUAAUACCCUCCGAACUAAAUUACGGAGUUUUAGAAGAAACGCUAAAGGAGAAUUUCGGUCUCCCCAGACGUAUAAUUCGGGCCCACAUAAUGAAUCUUCUCAAAAUGCCAAAGCCCACGCCCUUUGCCGCUAGUAUUCGCCAGUUUUACAAUUCAGUUAUGGGGGACAUUCGUUCUUUAGAAGCCUUAAACGUUAAUGUCGCAGCUUGUGCUCCUUUCAUAAUUCCGAUUAUUGAAGAGAAGUUACCUGUUAAAGCUCGUAGUGCCAUAGGAGACUGUGGAGAAGAAUCCUAUUUCAACUUGCAAUUGUUUGUUGAAAAUUUCAAAAAGUUUCUUGCCAAAGAGGAACAAUCACAAGUUCUUCAGCCCGUGGCAAGACAUGAAAUUUACGAACCCCCGUCUGUCACAAGCACUUUGGUUGCAUCUAGCGAUUUACGUUGCCAAUUUUGCACUGGCCCACAUAACACCCAGCGUUGUUCCCAGUCCGCAUCCGAGAAAAGGGCAACUAUUAUCCGUAAAAGGCUUUGCUUUAACUGUUUAGGUUCGGGACACUCUGUUUCUCAAUGUAAUUCGAGGGGUCGUUGUUCCAAGUGUAAGGGAAAGCACCACACAAGCAUUCACGGGGUGCAAAUUUACCAGUCUAAUUCUAACGUUCAACCUCCACGAAAUGCUAGUCCAAGCAAGUCACGAACAAACGCACACGUUUCUGUAGUCAAAAAUGAGUCAUCCUCGUCACAAUUCACCACCAAUGACACACAAACGACAUCCAUUACGCCAUCACAACAAAUCGUAACAAAUUGUUGUUCUGUUUCGCCAGUAAUUUCGACUAUGUUCAAUGUUGAUGAAAUUGAUUCCUAUUCGCAUAAACCUAACUCUGUCGUUAAUGUUGUUGAUGUAUCUAGUAAUGAUGAAACAACGUACAAGUUUACUACAGAUGCUAAGGCUAACAUUUCGCCUGAAAUUGCUUCUGAACAAACAACCGUAGCAAGCAAUGUUAUACUUUUGAAAACUGCUAAAGGGGUUGCUGUUUCCAGCGAUAAGAAACUUGCAGCGAGAAUAUUUUUCGAUGAAGGUUCGCAGCGCAGUUACGUCAGGUCAGGCUUUGCAUCUCAAUUAGGCCUAAACCCAAUUUCUUGCGAAUUAUUAUCUGUGUCAGGUUUUGGAGGGACAGUAACCCAACAUAAUUAUGGGGUAACAGAAAUUGGCUUGGAAACCCCACAAGGUAUCGAACACGUACGCGUUUUAAUUACUGAGGAAAUUGUUCAGCCUCUAGAUCACUCUGGGUAUUCGCAAUUCAAAUCGCACCCCCGUCUUCAAGGGUUAACUUUGGCAAACGACUUUGAAGAAGAUAAAUUUGCAGUUGAUAUUCUUUUGGGUGCUGAUGCCGCUUAUCGUUUUCUUGGGGAAAUUAUUCAAGAUAAUUCGCAGCCAUUAAUCCAGGAAUCACAUUUCGGUGACGUCCUUUAUGGCCCUUGGUCACAAAACGCGAUGCUUACUACUGCUAUUAUUGGUAAUCACGCUAUUAAAGAUUCCGAAGUAGUCACAAAGUGCAUUGAUGUGUUGUGCGAAGAUAACGAUGCUAGCCAAAAUGUUUCCUUUCAAAAUCUUGUUGACAAUGAAAGUUUGCUUAUUCAAGUCGAUCGACUUUUUCAAGGUCAAUUUGUUAGUGACCCUGAAAACGACAAGCCAGAAAAUAACUUUCUCCAUGGUUACCGAAAGCAGAUUGAAUUUCGUGACGGGCAGUACUUUGCCCCAUUGCCUUGGAAAACAAACCACCCGCCCUUACCGUCUAAUCUGGAACUUUGUAAAAAGCGUUUAACUAAUCAAGUCUAA